AUUUGAAGAUGACUCACAACGAUUUGACAGCAGAGACAUGCAUAGAGUGUCGACUCCGCUGGGAACCUCAUACCAUGCUUCAUAAUAAAAGUUUGAAAAUUGUGGCAAUGACAUCAAUGGAAUAAACAUAUAAAGAAAAUUAUUUAAUAUAUUUAAAUUAUUUAAUAUCAUUUUAUUGAAUUCGUUUUUUUAAUGCAACGAGAAGGUUAUGAGCUGAGCAUAUUCCCGUCUCCAGCAUGGCAAGGAAGCAAAUACAAAUCGCAUGGCAGCAGCUAUUCUUGUACAGUUUGGCUUCAUAAAAUCCAAGGGUGAGUAUAUGAUACAUUACAAAAAUAAUUAGUCUAAACAAAGUUAUAUUUCGGUAAGAAAGUGUAUCAGAUAGGACAUUGAGAUUCUUAACAAGUUUUCUCCCUUUUAACAAAACAAAUGUAAAUUACACAAUGGGGAUUUUGUUAUUUCAGAGUUUAAAAGGCUGCAGGAACGCAGAAUGGUAGUAGGGAUAAUAUCUACCGGACUCGGGUGUUUAUUUUUGUUUCAUCAAAUCGACAAAAAAUUAUUGGACCCUUUUCCAACAAUAUGUUAUAACGCAUGCUUUUUUUUUUUAAUAAAUGCUGCGUCCGGCGUCUACUGUACACCUGGUGUAAUAUCAGAAAGCAGACGGUGCAAACCAGGAGAUAGACGAGGCUGAGCUUCUCUGGGAACAUGUUGAGAGUGAGGGAAGGGAGAGGAGAGUUUGAAGCAACGCCGCCAUCCUGCAGCAGCUGGGAGUGAGCCCGGGCGGUAUCCUAGCAACAGCGGAGUCAGGGCGGGCAGCCGCCGCCGGCCGGACAGCCAGCCCUCCCCAUCAAACGUAAACACGGGGCUCGUCGGCCAGGAUAGAAAACAAAUGAUAUAGCUGUUAAGUGGAUUUAUCAUGAUAGCAACAGGAGGGCUUCUUCGAAUUGCAGCCAGGAGACAGGAUUCCUCUCGAUCCUCUAAUCGUAUUAAUAAAAGAAAAAAGAAGGUAAAAAAGAAAUGCAAAAAUGAUGUGGUGGUGGUCAAAGGCAAAUUAAAGCUGUUUUCUGUUUCGGGAUUAAUUGCUGCAUUUGGGAUCCUGGUUCUGUUGGUUGGGAUUGCAAUGGCAAUGAUGGGCUACUGGCCAAUGGACAGUGACAUUUUUAAGACGAUCACAAUACAAUCUUACAAUACUACUAACAGCACAAAGUUGGAGGCGACAACAUUGGAGGUUAUUUCUAAAUUUUUAGCAAGCUACUUGCAUUCUGAAAAACUGAAGGUUUUAGGACCCCUAAUAAUGGGAAUUGGAAUAUUUUUGUUUAUCUGUGCCAACGCAGUUCUUCAUGAAAACAGAGAUAAGAAGACUAAGGUCAUUAAUCUACGAGACAUCUAUUCUACAGUUAUAGAUGCACACAAUUUGAGGACAAAGGAUUCUGGCCCAUUUAAUGGUUUUGUCAACUAUGUGCAGACCAAAAGCAUGGAUAAUCUCAAGUCUCCUGAUUCCUUUUGUGCAGCAAUGCUAGCCAAAAGUACCUGGCAGACACCCAGUGGCAAUACCGCAAAGGCAACGGAUCCAAAAGAAAAUGCAGUUAAAAAGCACUGCGAUUCUGGAAUAAACUUGCAGCAACAAAUCUCCAAAGAAAGAAAGACAUUAUCAGAUACUGUGUACAGUAUUUGCAGAGACAGAAUCGGGAUGAAUGACAGGACCCAAAUGCCUAAAAUGUGUGGCACAAAGUCAAUUGUCCCUUCCUCCAUUAAUGCAUUCACACUGCCUGUCAUCAAACUGAACAACUGUGUUUUAGAAGAGGGUUAUGCAAGAAGUGGAAAAAAUGGGAACAAAACACAACCUUCAGAAAAAUGUAAUGAAACAUUGCAAGAAUUUGAGAGCGAUGCCUCUGAACAGAUUGGAACAACCAAAUGCAUUUCGGCAGCUGUAAUCAUAAGCAGUGAUCACCUUGAAGGUAAUGUUCAGGACACAGAGACUUCGAAUACCUCAUGGUUAAAUAAUAACCAAUUAAUGUCUGACAAAAACUCUCACAAUUCCUCUUCCAAAGUGAGACGGGUUUCUCCUGCUCCCUUUCAGAGAGAAUUUGGAUCCAAUAUUUCCCUCCACAGUUUGCCAUCUCACCCUGAACUUCUGAAUCAUGAUGACUAUCCUUCUCCAUCCACGUUGCCGAGUGAAGAGAUACAUCCAAGUUGCGCAGAUUUAGAUUACGCCAAUAGUAAGGGCUACGCAAUAUUAGGUGAAAGCGGUUCUUUUACGUCUGCUCACUUACUACCAGAAGCCAUAAACCAAUCCAAUGAUUGUACAGAGUGUCCUAAUAAAGACAACACUGAAGAAAACAUAAAAUCAAGUCAUGAACCAAGUGUGGACAAACCUCAGCAAUGUGUGCAAAGAGAGUACACAAAGAAAGAGAAAUUGCUCAUGAUUUCUGGUUCACAUUGUACCCUAAAAAUAAACAACGAUGAAUUUGAUAAUAUUUAGUAAUAAUAUAUUCAUGAAUUGUUGGAUUCAGAUAUAGAAGAUACAAUGAAAUUGGUAGCAAAUGAAGUGAGAGAAUGUCACUUACAUGUAGUUAUUGAUUACUAUGAAUGUCAGUCAAGUUCCAAAGACUCAUAGUUUAUUGUUCUGGAGCUAACUAUCCAGUUUCUUUAGUUGCUUCCAAUUGUAAAUGCCUCAGCCAUUAGUUGGCAAUUUUUCAUCUCAGUUAAGCACAUCAUAGGAGUUUCAAUACAUUUAAUUAUUUGUAAACCGUUUAUGUACAUUGAAAAUUCUGCCAUACUUGGUUUAUGUAUUUACAGUUUUGAACCAUCAGGGUAAACAGAUUAACUUGUACUGAAUCAAUAUUCUGAUAUAUUAAAGGAUUUACAGAGACUCUUUGUACAAGCAUGUAAUGCACUAAACUCCGUAAAUGUUGUAUUGAAACUUCUUCAGUGUAUCAUUUCAAGGUUACAGCUAAGAAACAAUGCACUUUUGUAGUAAUUAAGAAAUCUAAUUAGCUAAUAGUUCUUAUUUCUGUAAACUUGAAUUCUGUACAAGGCCUUGUUUCAAGAUUCUUUAAAGCUGUAGCCUGUCAUUUGGAUCUCAGAAUUAUCUUUUUAUCAAUGGCACACUUUAAGCAGGUUAAUAAUUGUUUGUUUCAAAUAGUUAUCUGUUUUCAAUUGAAAAUGGGAUGGCUGGUCUUUUACAUAGAAGAGUGACAAUAUUGUAUAUCCUCACAUGUUAGUACUAAAAGGAUGAAAAGUGGGAAGCUACAGAACAUUGACAAGAGUUAAACCAGCUGCAGGGAAAAUAUUAUAAAAAACAUAAUUUAGAUGGUAACACACAUAUUAAGAUACCUUAGAGAGCUUGUUAAAGAGAAUGUUGUUGUAUUAAUAUAAUUGUAACUUAAAAAUAGAUGCUUCAAUAUAAAAGAUGUCCAGAGUGAUUUUUCAUAAAGAUUUGCUGAAAAUGUCUGACAAAAAAAAGAAUACAUUUGGUUGAUCGGAAUUCUAUAAAUUAAGAGCCUCGAGGACUAUUUACAGAGUGCAAAAGAAAGGGAGAAUAUCAGUAUCUCCCUUAGGCCCCCACUGCCCCCGUUGACACUGACCUCACUCACCGAGGAUGAUAUCAGAAGAUCCUUAAUGAAAGUGAACUCUCAAAAAGCCUCUGACCGCAUUCUUAAAGCCUACAUAGACCCACCGAUUGGCUGGAAUUUGUGCAGACAUCUUCAACCUCUCACUAGGAAGGUCUGUGGUCCUAUCUGCUUUAAAAGGCUUUAGAAUUAUCUGCUAUAAUACUGGUGCCCAAGAUGAGAAAGGUGACAUGCAUCUGUUGUGAUGAAGUGCUUUGAGAGAUUGGAUAUGACGCAUUUCAACUCCUGCCUUAGUAAGGACUUGGACCCAUUACAAUUCGCCUACCGCCACAAUAAAUCAAAGCAGGUUGUGACCUCACUGGCUCUCCACUCUGCUCUUAGCCACUUGGGCAAUAAGAACACGUGUCAGGCUCCUGUCAUAGACUACAACUCAGCAUUCAAUACCAACAGCCCCACUAAACUCCGGGAACGAGGUCUCUGCUUGUCCCUAUGCAAUUAGACCCUCAACUUCUUCAUCGGCAGACUUCAGUCAGUACAAAUUAGCAACAACACUUUCUCUUUGAUGGCCACCAGCAAAGGCACAUCUCAAGGCUGUGUGCUCGGUCCCCUGCUUUACUCACUCUACAUCCAUGAUUAGCCAGAUACAGCUCCAAUGCUAACUUUAAAUUUGCCAACAAUACAUUGCUAGACUAAAGAGCUGAUGCCAUAAACUAUUUUUACCAAAGGAUAUUUAUUAUCUCUUGGGAUACUUUUGCCAGUGAACAUGGUACAUUUUGGGGAUACUAUAAUUCAUUUAAGAUAUGGCUUGAGCAGGAGUUUUGUUUCUCAUUUCUCACAUAAUAGUUUUGUUUCUCAUUUAACAUCAUUGUUAGUCUAUUUAAGAAAGAUCUGCUUGAGUUUUCCUGUUUAAACUAGAGUUUUUGGAUAUUGUUCACUUAUUUUUUUCAAUGAGCUAAGUAAAUCUCCCUCAUUAUUUUAGCAUUUUUAAGUAAGUCCUUGGACAAAGACCAUGAAAAUGAUAAUACAAUUUACUGAUUUGAAUGAUGGAAGACUGCAUCUUCAUUAGUUAUCUUUUGUGUUCCAAAUGUUAAUACAAAGUGCAUAUCCUAUAUGUAAAAAGAUCAUUUUUGUAUUAAAAAGAAUGACAUUUCUAAACUUAAAGAUGCUCUUUUAAUGAGAACACUAAUAUUUCACAAUACCAUGCAUAUGUGUACACUUGGCUUUUCAAAGAUAACCAAACUGUGUCCAAUGAACAGGAACCACAGAGUGUUCUCAAUGACCAGUCUGCCCGAAAUGCACCAUAAUUAGAAUCCAUAAGGGGAAAUCUUUGUUUCUUUUCCAGAAAAACACAAA